AUGGACUAUAUCUCGAGUUUUGAUAUUCGAUUAGCUAAAGAGCUUUACUAUGCUGGUGAACGAAUUACUGGUAAUGUACUACUUGAGAACACGGAAAACAUCAAGAUUAAAGGUAUACGUGUCCUGUUAAGAGGUAAAGUUCAUGCGAUGCUAAAAGUUGUCAAAUCUGGAGAGAGGAGAACAAUUAAAGACGAUCAGUACGUCCUUGACGAAAAGCUGCUCAUCUGGGGAAAAGAUAAAAACGACGACUCUGAAGUGAUUCCGAUUCUGGCCCGUGGGAUGCAUCAAUUUCCGUUUGUUUUCGAUUUACCGCAAAGCACAUUGCCGUGCUCUUUUGAAAGUCGUCAUGGUACAAUUCGCUACUAUAUUAAGGUGAUCAUCGACAUACCGUACGCUUCGUCGCCUCAAGGCGUCAAAUAUUUCACGAUUAUCGGGCCACACAUUGAUUGUAUGGAAGAGAAAUAUUUGAGCGCUCUAUCCGGGCAGGAUCGCAAGAUGACAUGCUGUUGGUGCUGCCGACGAGGUGCGUUAGCGCUGCGAGCCGUAUUGGAACGAACAGCAUACGUCUGCGGAGAAAACAUCCGCAUGAGAGCACAGGUCUGCCUCUCCGAUGAUAAAGGCAAUGAAUGUCUUCACCUUGAGUUUCCAUUCACAGUUGCUACCGUACCGUAUCGGAUACCAACAGCGCCACAAACACCGUUAAUAGACUACGACUACUGUGUAAAUCAUGUCGAAGGAGGCAAAUACGUUUCACCUGAGUUUCGCCUUGGUCAGGUCUAUGACGGAGAAGGCGACGAAGAGACUCGAGAAGAAGAAGUGAUACUGUACCGUCCAGUUUACGCAACGCUUGCCGAUCGAAGACAAAUGUCACCACAUCAGAAAGAAUUCCGUUCCGGUUCGUUCACUCGAAUCACAGACAGCAACUAUUCGAUGAUCACGGAAGCGAACGGUAGACGACGUAGUGUUAUUAUUUCAUCACCAGAGGAUAUAAGUGAACAACGAGAUUCUAAAGUCGAAACGAUAUUGAAUUCUCGUCUCGAAAGUGGGGAUGACAAAGACGUCAAAAUCCCAUUCAUUCAUCAGGCUUCCUUACCUCAAGUGAAAUCGAACGUCAGUGAAAAAACCGAUGUAAAUGGAAGUGCCUCCGAAUAG